ACCCCAAAGCCGACCUGGGACGUUCGUCCGCCUGGCAGCAGUGCUAGAUUCGUCUCGGUUUCGUCUCUUCCCGUUCCCCCACCGGUCGUGGCGUGCGUCCUUCUUUCGAGCCUACAGUUUUCGCGAGUAGCGCCGCCGUAGCACCGUGUUCUGUGUGGCGUGCAGCUUGGGGCACCAGCAACCUUCGGGAGAAGCGCGGAAGGGCGUGCGGCUUGGCUAGCUGGUCCGUGCCCUAUUUCCGGUGUGUCCGACGGGAACCAUUCAGCCGAAUCAUCGCCACCGUCGAGUAGGAGAGGAAUCUGCGACUUGGCACCACUCUUUGGGUCUUCCCGAACUACCGUUACCCGGCCAGUUGAAGCAGUAACUACCGACAGCUGCAGGUCGCCGCUACCAGCAACCAGCAUCCCGCACCGAGUGUACCACCAAACCAUGCAAAGAUGGAUCUGACUACAAUCGCCAUUAUCGCAAUUGUCGUGCUCGUCUCGUUCCUGUCGAUGCUCUUCAUUAGCCGGUUCCCGAAGGGCAAAACUUUCGAGGAGAUGCUAAAGGAGAAGCGUGAAAUGCGCGAAAAGAUCCUGGGCCUCACCGCGGCUACGUCUUCGUCGUCGUCGUCGAAGCCGGGCAAGGAGUCGGCCAACAAGAAAACGAAAAAGGCACACUCCGGCGGCGGUGGUCAGAAGGGCCGCUCGGCAAAGCAGCAGCAACAGCAGACCCAGCGCGUUGAGGUGGUCGAGCGUGAAACCGAUGGCAACUCGUCCGAGAGCCAGCUGGAGGAAGACAUCAAUCCGCUCGCGUUCGGUGCCAAGAAACGCACCGGCUUGGGCACCAACUUGACAGUCGAGUAUGCCGAAACGGAAGCAUUCCCGCUGAGCGACAACACGGCCGCCGCCAGUAAGAAGAAAAACGCCAAACAGCAGCAACAGGGUGGAAAGAAGAGCGCGCAGAAGGGCGGCCCCUCCGGGGGCAUUCUGGUGAACAAGGCUGAACCGGUGCUGGUGAAGCCGGUGGAAUCCGUCCCGGAGAUGAACCACUUUGCCGAGAUUCAACCGAAGGAUGCUCUGGAGAUCGCUCGCCUGCAGAAACAAGAGGAGGAAACCAAGGCAGGAAAGCACCAGCAGCCGAAGGAGCAGCGGAAAGGCAAGAAGGAACACAAUCCCAAGAUGUCACCCAAAAGUCAGGGCAACGAACAGCAACCGAACGCUGGCGCCGCAGCGCCCCCGGUGGUCGUUGAGAUGAAGAAACACGAAGGCAAGGCGGCCACCGGUGGCGGUGCGAUGGCGCAGAAAGAAAAGGCGAACAAAAAGAAGCGCAACGAGCUGCUGUCGCAGGAACUGGCUGCUGAGGUGGCCGACGGGGUCAACGUGCAGUCGGUGGUGAACAUUCUCAGCACGGCCGAGCUGCCGCGCAACGACAUCCAGAUCCUGAUCGACUUUCUGCUCAACAAGCAGCAGGACACCCUGGCCAAGGACCCAUCCGAGUGGAACGAUCCGUCCGAUCCGCUCCAGAAGCUGAAGCGGCAGCUGCAAGAGAAGGAGGCGGCCCUGCAGGAGGAGCAGCAGGCAGCGGCCGGGUUGCAGGCGAAGCUAAAGGAGCUGCGCCAGGAGCUGAACGGCGAGAAGGUGCAGGCCAGCGCCGUGCUGAAGAGCUACGUCGAGGAGCUGAACCACCGCAAGCAGGAGGUGCACCACCUAACGCAGGAGCUGACCCUGUUCAAGGAAAAGAUGGCCAACGAGAAGCACGCCCUGACGAUGCAGUGCCAGCAGCUGCAGGCGAAGUACAUUCAGCUCUCGAAAGAGCACGCCGCCACGCAGGAUCACGGAUCGACGAUCGCGCAGCUCAACAACGAUCUGCAGCGGCUGCAGCAGGAACUGAUGGCCAAGAGUCAGCUGCUGAACGAGCUGAAGCUACAGUCCGAGGAGGAUUUGCUGAAGACAAAGACUGAGUACGACAUUUUAUUACACAGCAAAGAUGAGCUCAUUAGACAACGUGUACAGGAUCGAGCUGCCUACGAAGGGCAGCUGCAGCUGCAGGUGGGCCAGAAGGAAGAGCUGGACAAGAGCUGCCAGCAGCAGAGCUACGCCAUCGAGCAGCUGAAGGCGGAACUGCAGGCGAAGCAGAAGGACGCGGCUAACGCGGCCGCCGCCAGCAACCAGGCGGACGAAAUGAACCGGGUCGAAAUCCGGAACCUCCAGAAUGCCUUAGACUCUACCAAAUCGAAACUCGAGGCGUAUCGGAAAGAGCUGGUCGACUGCAAAAGUCUGCUCACCGACUACACGCAGCAAACGAACGAACUCAAGGCGAAGGAGGAACUGCUGCUGAAGCAGCUCGAGGAACAGCGGCAACGGAAUGACAACUUGCGAACCAAGAACUGGAAGUUGGUUGAAGCAUUGCAGAAUGCCGAGCGUAGAAAUGGCGUUGGGCCGAAGACCGUGGCAACCGAGAACAACGGUCAGCAGCAGAAGCUGGCCGCCAGCGUCAGCCAGGCCGAGAAGGUGGACGUCGGCAAGGUGGUGCUGGAGGAGCAGAACCGAACGAAGGACCUGCUCGUUCAGCUGCUGCUGCCGACGGGUGUCGUGCCGACGCUGCCCGUCGAUGCGACCGACUUCCAGAGCUGGCUCGAGGCGACCGUGCGGUGCAUCAAGGAGCAGCACGAACUGCUCCUACGGAACCACAGCAGCGUCAGCAGCACCGUGGGGACGAACAGCACGGCCGCCGUCGGCAGUCAAACGACCACCACCACCACCACCGGCAUCAGCAGUAGUGCUGGGGUCAACAACAACGCUGACACCGCCAGCAGUAGGAGCAGCAGCAGCAAUAUGAUCGCCAAUAAUAAUCUUAUUCCGCAUAGCAACGUUAACAAUAGUUUACAAAAUAACAACAAUAAUAAUGACGCUCACGGCGCCACCGCUGACGGGGCCGGCGAAAGCGCAAACAAGAACGGUGCCACCGAGAGUGGCAGCGAGGAGGACGACCACCAGUCGGUGGCGCUGCGCAACGAGCAGCUGCAGAAAACUGUAGAUCAGUAUAAGAUCAUCAUAGCCGAUACGGAAAUUAUGCUGAAAAACCUCGAAGCGCGCGUGAUCGAACAGGACAUUCACUGGCGCUCGGUGGUGCAGGCAAAGGAUAAGGAGCUGAACCUGCUGAAAUCGGCCGGGGCCGUGGUGCAGUAGUAAUGAUCGCGACGCCGACCCGAGCGCCACCAACCACCGACGACGAAUUGUUUCUGGAAGAGGGCCCGGCGCGAGCGGGGCACGACAUAGCCGAUGACAACGAUCGGCGGAUGGCGGUUAAUCCGAUUGCGCCGUGCGGCGAAUCGAUCGAGAUGUGUACUACGUAUGUUUGUGAUGGAGUGUGCGUGUGAUUGUGUGUAUGUAUGUAUGUAUGCAUGUAAGUUUGAGGCUGGGUAGACAAUCCACGAAACAAGCGCAUCCCAGUUUUUUGGCGCCUGUCGCACGGACGCACCGACGGCAAUACGCAAACGAGCUAGGUUAGGGAACGAUAAGACAAAAGUGCAGGCCCUGUGACAAGAACUAGGAACUAGGAGUUUUGGCGCAAGGGAUUGUAUGGAAGCUGCGGGCGCGACAACAAGCAAAACACGUCCCACGUCUUCGUCGUAGUCCCUUCUGUUUCUGUUGCUUGAGUGGCGCAGUCCGAGGGGCCUUUCUAGGGGCCACCAUGUCAAAUUAUACAGGGCAUUCAUAGGGAGAAUCCGUAGCGGUGCCACAUACCGCAGACCAGUGUUCGGUCGGACCGGUUAACCCAUUGGCACGAGCAGAGGUGUUGCGUCGCGCGCGAGAGAAAGAAAGAAAGAAAGAAAGAAUGAAUGAGAGAUAGAGUCGUUUCCCAAUUUCCCAACUCUCGAUUUGCUGUGCGUCAGGAAAGGAUUUCUGAUACACGGUAAUGCCAGCAGCCACGCAGGAGCUGCAGUGUUUCUACUUAUGUCUACGGCGCAAAUGUGCACAGUUCGGCCAGAUUCACUUGAGUUCCAUUACAGUGGGUGCCCCUUCGCGGUGCAGCAAGGUGUCGAACGAAUCAUCGGCCGCUGAACGGGGCAACGAUUGAUGAACCGACGGGGUCAAAGGGGUUUUUGGUGGUGCCGGUGACACACCUCGUUGCGGGUGCCUCUGUCCUACAUUGAUAUCUGUGGCCAAUAGAUGUUUCGCAAUUGUUUUGGGACCCCACAUCAUUCUCCUCAGCAAUCCUUUCCCGUUUGCCAGCCGCCCAGCAGGGCGUGUUUGAUCGAAACUGCACAAUCGGCCCGCCCCGGCCACGUGGUUUUCAGCAGCGUAGGGUGCGCGUCAGGCCACGAUCCUCACCGACAGAGCGUGUGUUCCGCUCGCCAAACCGGAACGACUUCCUCCACUCGAAUCUAAUGAACAUUUAGGGGUGCGCCCACACACAAACAUCCCGCGACAGAGCGACAAAUGGAAAUCCGUACUCAGUAAGAUUAAAGCUAAAUCGGAGCUAAAGAAAGCAAAGGGUGAAGCAGAGGACGGGGGGAUGGUUAUAAUUAACGCAUAUUUUGUUUGUAUCUUUACGUCGAUAUAUAAUAGGUUAUUGUAUUAUGAAGCAGCAUAAGCAAGUAGAACGAAUAAAGUGUAGCAAAAGAGUGUGUGCUCUAGUGGAUCAGAGUGAAAAUCAGAGGAGCGAAACGGGACACAAGGACAAAUGAAUGUUUUGUACGUGUGCAGCAGGGCCCCAGCAGCCACGAACAACCACCGGAAACUCGGGAUCGGUAAAAACUCGAUGCUGACGUCCCCGCAGGGACGACGGCAUUAUGGAAGGCAGAUCGCAAGUGGUACGAACCCAGAACCCAGCAAUAUAAAAUACUAUUUUAUUACUACCGAUGAGUUCCACUAUUAAUUAUUGGGGCGGGGUCUCUGGCUUCUUCUUUAACAAAACGGGAAGGUUGUUAUCGGCAUAGGCCCUUCAACGACGCCACGCUUAACUACCUUCCUGCCUUUGUUUUCCUUUUAAUUUAUACUAAGGCCAAUUUGUAAGUGUACAUUGAUUGCGCAAAUGCAAACGCAAGUCUACCCGGUGUAAGGCAAAGAAAUGUAUCGCAAAUCCUUCAAAAGUCUACCUAGCGUCCUCAAGUGUAAUAAACUGACCUACAAAUUAUAACAACAAAGUAUAGAAUAAAUGAAAAACAAUAUGUAA